AUGCCUCCCAAGAAGUCCACCACUGCCUCCUCCACCGGCUCGGCCAAGAAGGCCGGCCCCGUCCACGCCUCCUACCGUGAUAUGAUCAAGGAUGCCAUCCUGAAUCUGAAAGAGCGCAAUGGUAGCAGUCGCCAGUCCAUCAAGAAAUACGUGCAGGCGAACAACAAGAUUGCUUCCGCCUCCACCAACGCCUUCGACAGCCAGUUCAACAAGGCCAUCAAGGCCGGUGUCGACAAGGGCGAGUUCCUUCAGCCCAAGGGCCCGUCCGGACCCAAGACUGCCACCAAGGCUGCUGCCCCCAAGAAGGCCGCUGCCAAGAAGACUGAGAAGACCGACAAGGCCGACAAGGCCGAGAAGCCCAAGACCACCAAGAAGGCCGCCGCCGGCACCACCGCUAAGAAGCCCGUUGGCAGACCCAAGGCCAACACCGCUAAGCCUCGCAAGGCGUCCACUGCUGCGCCGGCCGUUGUUGAUAAGCCCAAGGUCCUCGGCACCACCAAGUCUGGCCGUGUGACUAAGACAACGGCCAAGCCUGCCGAGAAGGUGAAGAAGACCGCGGCCAAGAAGGAGAAGGCGUAA